ACAUUGAGGAAUGCAACCCUGGCACUGGGUCAACUAAACAAGUGAGAUCCACUGCACCAGAGGAAGACGGCUUACUUACUCCACCUUGUACACCAGGCAGACCAGCAGUCACUAGACCACUUUGGCCACUUCCAGACGACGCGUUAAGCGAGCGCACUGAACGUUACAAAAGCUGGAUGCUACGACAGCUGGGUGCCUUGAAUGUGAUAGUGGUUCGAAGUUGAGGAUAUAACAAAAGUUGUUGUUUUUUGUUGAAGGUACGGAUAGAGAUGAAAGCCUACGUGAAAGAUCUUAAAGUGUAUUUAGACUAAAUUGCAUAAGGCAAGAUGUAGUUAGUCUAGUCUCCUUUUCCACAGUAUUAAGUCACAAUGCGCGCAAAAAUAUGACGUUCUUAUAUUUUUGUCCACCACGAAAAACAACGCCUGCUUACAAGAGUUGAAAAAAUAAUGCCCAGUUCGCUCGUUUCGGUUUAACACAGAUGUCAUUUUAAACGCAUGCAGUGUGUUGUUACGGUGUCAAACAGUGAAUGUUAGAGCAAUGUGAGGGAUUUUGAGGGUACAGAGGAGACAACUGAAUUGGAAACAUAGAGAAGACCACUGAAUUAGACGAUUCCGGAAUUUGUUGCACAGAGAAUACACCGGAAAUUAGAUGCAUAGAGCGUAUACUAUCUUCGACCACGCCACAGUACCAAACAGCAUGCACAUUGUCAACGCUCAUGAUUGUACGACAUGGUGACGACAUCACCGGUCAGGACACCCGAGCACUUAGCACUUCGCUUUGCUGGGCAUCCCUUUAUCCAGCUACCCGUGUGUCCAAAAAAAAAAAAUGACACCGUUCACAUCGCUCUGGUAUUUCUUUCAAGAGAAUCCCUGAUGUUGUCAUUCUGUUAAUUUUUCUUUCUUUUUUUUUUUCGUUAAAAUAUUGGCAACACAUAUGUGAUAAAUACAGGUUUAGGUCGUAGAGGUUUUUUUGUCUUCUUCUUCUUGCCAUAAUUAAGAAGCUGCACCCCUCUAUGUCUUCAGCCCAAAAGACCCCACAGCGAGACAAUGUCCAUCCAACGUCAAGUCCCCAUCGCGAUGGAGCCGAGCAGGUUAGAUUUCUCGGACGCUUUCUUCAGGGACCCGAUGUUUGCCAGCUUCAGAGAUCCCAUGACUUACAGGGACCCCACGAGGGAUCUCUUCGCCCAGCGAGACCUUGUCAGGGAUCCGUUCGUUCGAGAUCCCAUCAGGGAUGCGUUUGUUCGAGAUCCCAUCAGGGAUGCAGCUGGUAAGUGUGUGUGUGGGGGGGGGGAGGACGGACCCCCAACUGGGGUUAAAAUUAAAAAUCAAACAAAAAUAACACAGUAGCAUCCCUUUACUCUUUACUUACACAUCACAUAACAACAUGGUCGUGUGUCGCUAUAAUUAGUACGCAUGCAAUCACCAAACUUGUAGACAUUAAUAAUGGGGUCAUUGAUGAUGAUAUAAACAUCUGAAAAGCAAACGAUGAAUCCUUGUGAAUAAACGAUACCGGUAUUCCACGCACAAUGACAAUCACCCAAUUCGUGAAUUUUAAUACUGUAUGGAAUAAAUGUCUCGUGUCCAGUGUACCCGGCUGCCGUGGGGCCAGUGAGCACACUACCCCUGUCCAGGGCGUUCUUCAACCCCGAGCGUCAGCUGGGCGUCAUGGACACCGACCUGCAGAGGAUGGCGACCGAGAUGAGGCGAAUGUUCAGUGACAUGCAGCACCUCAUGCCAGUCGAUGCCAACCCAGAGAGUUGGAGGAUGAAGGUAUGUGGGGGUGAUGGGUUGCUAGCCCAGAGAGUUGGAGGAUGAAGGUAUGUGGGGGUGAUGGGUUGCUAGCCCAGAGUGUGGGAGGAUGAAGGUAUGUGGGGUGAUGGGUUGCUAGACCAGAGAGUUGGAGGAUGAAGGUAUGUGGGGGUGAUGGGUUGCUAGACCAGAGAGUUGGAGGAUGAAGGUAUGUGGGGUGAUGGGUUGCUAGCCCAGAGAGUUGGGGGAUAAAGGUAUGUGGGGUGAUGGGUUGCUAGCCCAGAGUGUGGGAGGAUGAAGGUAUGUGGGGUGAUGGGUUGCUAGACCAGAGAGUUGGACCAUGAAGGUAUGUGGGGUGAUGGAUUGCUAGCCCAGAGGGUUGGAGGAUGAAGGUAUGUGGGGAGAUGGGUUGCUAGCCCAGAGAGUUGGAGGAUGAAGGUAUGUGGGGUGAUUAGUUGCUAGCCCAGAGGGUUGGAGGAUGAAGGUAUGUGGGGAGAUGGGUUGCUCGACCAGAGAGUUGGAGGAUGAAGGUAUGUGGAGUGAUGGGUUGCUAGCCCAGAGUGUGGGAGGAUGAAGGUAUGUGGGGUGAUGGGUUGCUAGCCCAGAGAGUUGGAGGAUGAAGGUAUGUGGGGUGAUGGAUUGCUAGACCAGAGAGUUGGGGGAUGAAGGUAUGUGGGGUGAUGGAUUGCUAGACCAAAGAGUUGGGGGAUGAAGGUAUGUGGGGCAAUCGGUUGCUAGCCCAGAGAGUUGGAGGAUGAAGGUAUGUGGGGUGAUGGGUUGCUAGACCAGAGAGUUGGAGGAUGAAGGUAUGUGGUGUAAUCGGUUGCUAGCCCAGAGAGUGGGAGGAUGAAGGUAUGUGGGGUGAUGGGUUGCUAGCCCAGAGAGUUGGAGGAUGAAGGUAUGUGGGGUGAUGGGUUGCUAGCCCAGAGAGUUGGAGGAUGAAGGUAUGUGGGGUGAUGGGUUGCUAGCCCAGAGAGUUGGAGGAUGAAGGUAUGUGGGGUGAUGGAUUGCUAGACCAGAGAGUUGGGGGAUGAAGGUAUGUGGGGCAAUCGGUUGCUAGCCCAGAGAGUUGGAGGAUGAAGGUAUGUGGGGUGAUGGUUUGCUAGACCAGAGAGUUGGAGGAUGAAGGUAUGUGGGGUGAUGGGUUGCUAGCCCAGAGAGUUGGAGGAUGAAGGUAUGUGGGGUGAUGGAUUGCUAGCCCAGAGAGUUGGAGGAUGAAGGUAUGUGGGGUGAUGGAUUGCUAGACCAGAGAGUUGGGGGAUGAAGGUAUGUGGGGCAAUCGGUUGCUAGCCCAGAGAGUUGGAGGAUGAAGGUAUGUGGGGUGAUGGUUUGCUAGACCAGAGAGUUGGAGGAUGAAGGUAUGUGGUGUAAUCGGUUGCUAGCCCAGAGAGUUGGAGGAUGAAGGUAUGUGGGGUGAUGGGUUGCUAGACCAGAGAGUUGGAGGAUGAAGGUACGUGGUGUAAUCGGUUGCUAGCCCAGAGAGUUGGAGGAUUAAGUAAGGCGGAUUAGUGAACAUCAACACAGAGGGCUGGAUGAUAUUGGUAAGGGGGAUAAUCGGAUGUUAACCCAGAGAGCUGGGUGGGGUGUAUGUUUAAGAUAAAGGGGAAGAACUUCAUAAGGGAGAUCAAUCUAUAUAUUUGGUUGCUAUUUAUUAUCAAAUGUAAAGAAUGCGAGUUUGAACUCUACCUUUAUAUUUCUUUCCCUCUAAUUCUUAGGUCUAGCUGACUUAAGUCGAACGAUUUAAGUCAUCAGACUUAUUUUGUAAUUUAAAUCUAGUGACUUUUUGCUCUUAAUAAAAUUUGAGAGCUUAUUAUAAUUCUGCAUGCGGACGUCCACAUCCGUGGUGGGGGUUAACCCACAUGCGGAAAAGUGUGGACAAGGGAAAAGAGCACACUUUUUGCCGACAUCCUCUAUGAGCAAACGCCUAAGGGAGACUUAAUCCCAGCCACGAGAAGCUCAUGUAUCGAGUCUUAUUUGUGAGAUUGAGCUUGACGACGUGAUCAUUUUAGUCACUAUGGAACACUGACGAAUUCAUGACUAAAAAUUUGAUUAGAAGUAUUGAUGAGAAGCGCGAGGUAAAUGUAGCAUUCAACGAACCCUUACAAUACAACUGCUCUAUUUGAACAAUGUUGCAGGAGAACUUCCACCUGGACAAUCCAGUUCACCAGGACCAGAUGUCCGGACGAAAUAUUUUCCGGCUCCAGUUUGACGUGCGUCAAUUCAAGCCAGAGGAGAUCUUCGUCAAAACACUUGGAAAGUAGGACACGCGAUUAAACUGUUUUUUUUUUUUUUUUUUUAAAUAAGCAUGGGGAUAGGGAAGAAAGGCUUUUUUCAACAAUACUAAUUCUUUCCAUAAAAGUGGAAUAUUUUUCAGUCAAAAAUAUCCCCAUUUAGCUUUACAACANGGACACGCGAUUAAACUGUUUUUUUUUUUUUUUUUUUAAAUAAGCAUGGGGAUAGGGAAGAAAGGCUUUUUUCAACAAUACUAAUUCUUUCCAUAAAAGUGGCAUAUUUUUCAGUCAACAAUAUCCCCAUUUAGCUUUACAACACGCCAGUGAGCUUGGAGGUUUGCUAUCAACUUUUUACACAGCAACUCUGACACACGUAUGCCACAAAGCUAAUGAAGACGGAAGAACUGAUAGGUGCUCUUCAAAUUAAUUGACAUUGAUCAAUGAACUCAUAAUGUACAGACCAUGUAUAAACAACGCAUAUGUCAAAUCUGUCAUUAAAUCUAACCAAAUACUGGCAUAUGUCAUGUUCACAGUCAGCUGACCGUGCAUGCCAGACACGAGGAGAAACAUGAGGGAAAAUCUCUCUUGAGGGAAUAUAACAGACAGUAUGUCCUUCCUAAGGUAGGUCUAUAACAUGCAAAUACAAUAUUUCCUCCAAAACAAAUAAUAUGUCCUCCCUAAGAUAGAUAUAUAACAGAUAAUAUAUCCACAACGUAGGUGGAUAACAGAUAUGUCCUCCCCUAGGUAGGUACUUAAGAGACAACAUGUCCCCCCAAAGGUCGGUGUUUAACAUGACUAAUGGCUGUGUGCCCUCCAUAAGGGGGAGGCAUAUAACAGGUAGUAUGCCCUCCGUGAGGUAAGUAUAUAACAGACAGUAUUUCCAUUCUAAGAUAUAUAUGUAUACAUAACAAGACUGAUGGCUCUGUGCCCCCCCCCCAUAGGCUGAAUAUAUAAAAUAACUGCUGCCCAAUUAGAGGUACUUUCUCUCCACGAGUACUCCAUGCAAUACGAGAAUGUCAGACCAUGGGCCCCCGCCAUGCCAUACGAGAAUGUCAGACCAUGGGCCCCCGCCAUGCCAUACGAGAAUGUCAGACCAUGGGCCCCCGCUUGCCAAAAACAAUACUUUUUUUUUUGGUGAGCUGGAGCACGGAAGGCGAUUCGCUGGUGGAAAGAAGGAAUGUUUUUUAAGACCACAUUAAAGCAUGACUAAAAGACUUCAAUAUAAACCCGGUAACAUUGGAAGAAUCAGCCAAAUGAUUUAACAUUGUGACAUUCCUCCUUACCCAAAGGCUCCAUACAGUAAUGAUGAUUAAAAAAAUCUUGGUCGAUUCUGGCAGAUGAACAAAUAUAACAUAUAAAAUGACUAAAAGCAGGGAGGUCCUUUAAAAAGUGUGUUUGAGGCUUCGGAAUCCAAACACACUAGCACUCAAACAACUUUGAAUCCAAGCGAUACUUGAAAUGUGUACACUGCUUUUGAGUCCAAAUGGUAACAUGUGUGUUUUGUGCGUAUUCAUUAUGGGUCCUAGAAAGUGUAGUGGAGAAAACAAGAGUAAACUGACAACUGUUGGAGCUGCAAUCGAAUUUAAGAAAUAUCGCAUAUCCAGGAUGAAACCAUAACAUGUGUGGCUGAUGUCGCCACUACAUUUGGGAUGCCCCAAAUCGACUGCACGAUUUUGAAAAAGAGGCCAGCAAAAGCAGCUGAUGUGGUGAAAGGGGUUACGAGACUGACCCCUGGGAGAUCUAAAAAUAUAAAAGUAGGAAAGAGUUGAAAAGAAACUUCUCUUAGUUUGGAUUAAUGAAGAACAUUUGGCUGGUGAUGUCAUGUCUGACACAAUAAUUGUGAGAGAGCAAAGAUCCUCCACAGUGAUUUAGUGAAAGGCACGCCUGAUACUAGAGCCCAAAAGGCGUCGUUUAAUACCAGUAAGUGGUUAGUUCAAAAAUUUAAGAAGAGAUCACGGGGCUAUAGAAUUUGUGGAUCCCAGGAACGGAUUCAGUUGGGAUUCUAAGGUCCCAGUGUAUAUUGAAAAAAAGAUAUUAUCUGUAUUUGAUCUUAAAAUUUAAAAAAAAUAUUUUUUUAAACACAUAUAUAUAUAUAUCUAUAUCUAUAUACAUAUAUAUAUAUAUAUAUAUAAAUAUAUAUAUAUAUAUAUAUAAAUAAAUAUAUAUAUAUAUAUAUAUAUAUAUAUAUAUAUGCUUCCAACUUUUGUACCAGUACAAAACAACCCUAAACUGUACAGCUUAGGGAACAUCAUAAAAAUAAUUGAAUAUGAAAUGAUUGAGGUUAAAACUGCAUGGUCUGCACCAGUGGUCUACAAAUCGCUUUUCGGGAGCCACAUGUGGCUCUUUAGCGACCUGAGUGUGGCUCGGCCAGUUGACCACAAAUCGGUUUUGACUCCAAAAAAACAUGCUUCUCGACAGGAUCUUGAAUGAUGAUAGGUUAAAACUGCAUGGUCUGCACCAGUGGUCUACAAAUCGCUUUUCGGGAGCCACAUGUGGCUCUUUAGCGACCUGAGUGCGGCUCGGCCAGUUGACCACAAAUCGGUUUUGACUCCAAAAAAACAUGCUUCUCGACAGGAUCUUGAAUGAUGAGUUUGCGACCACUGGUCUACACUUGUCAUCAAUCAUAUAUCUUUAUAAUCACCUAUCUAACCGUGGCACAGACACUGGAUCAUCUCAACUGUCUUGAAGCAAUUUCCAGUUUUCUUGGUUGACUGAGUUUUAAAUCCCCCACUAGUUUAAAAGUUAUGAUUUGAAUAAAAAUGUAUCUUUGAUCAAAGAGAAUACAAUUAUAAUUUUAUAGUUUGUAGCUUCUGAAAAAUUUAAGUGAAAUCAAAUAUUCCUUCAAAUGUGAAGCAGGACUUAGGUAGUUAUUUUUCAUUUAUAAUAAUCUUUAUAAAUAAUGUAAAAAUGUAAUCAUUACAUCUUUAAUCUCCAAAAACAAAGCUAAAGACACUGCACACUACUUUUGUAUCUGUAUUACACAUGAAAGCUAAAAAUCAAAAACAUUUUUUUUUUCCAAUUAGGAUCUCAACCCAGAAAACCUGGUAUCUAAGCUGAACCGUGAUGGCAUUCUGACCAUAGAGGCCCCCUUGCCCAUCACAGAUGGUCCCAAAGACAAACUCAUCCCUAUCAAACAUGAAUAACAGCUACAGCCUCUAUAGGAAAACAAGACCGAUCUCAACAUGAAAUAAAUUAUGAGCAGUAGCUGAACCAUAGGAGCGGAUUGCACGAUUAUUGUACCAUGCUCAUGCUUAGUUGGAGACUGAUUUAAACACUUUAGGCUUCCUGUGCUGUUUCCAGUGUACUUGGCUUAAUUUCACAUAUAACUUUUAUUUAAAAAAAAAAAAAACUAUCCUUAACAUAUCUUUGACUAUAAAUUCAGCCUUUGGCUAAAGCAGUGGUUCUUAACCUUUUUGGAGGUACCGAACCCCAACAGUUUCAUAUGCGCAUUCACCGAACCCUUCUUAAUAGGAAAAAUUAAAUAUGAUUUUUUUUUCCUUUUUCUUGGACCUCCGCCAAACCCCUAAGACUGACUCACCGAACCCCUGGGGUUCGAUCGAACCCAGGUUAAGAACCACUGGGCUAAAGUGAUAUUGUAAAAAAAAAAAAAUUAAAGGAUAAGCCUUGACUGCAAUGUUGAAACAGAUUAAAAUUCUAAAGAUAAAGAAAAGUCGAUCUAACUUUUAUAGAGACUGUGCAUUUGUAUUUAUAUAUCUCAUUGUGUCUUAUUCUUAUUCAGUGUUGUCUUUUUGAUACAAUUUCAAAAUAUUACUAGUUCUGCUUCAUCUUAAAUAAAUUAUACAUAUUAUGCUAACUUAAAAGUCAUGGCCUUAUUUUUUUGUUAUUAAAUUUUCGUUUGUCAACAUUUAAAUCACCUACGGCUGGGCUGCAGUCUCCUUCCA